CCGGGGCCACAGUGUGGGGUGUGUUUGGACAAGAGGCACAGAAAGAAAAAAAAAAAAAAAAAGAAAAAGUUAGCAGCGGAUUUUUUUCCCUCUUAUUCCUCCUGGCGUCCGACCUCCAGCAAACAUCCGUCUAGAGCACCAUGGCAAACAAAUGCCAGCAGCCACCUCAACUGCACCUGGCAGAAGUCACCGCGUCCCAGUUCCUCGACAUCUGGAAACAUUUCGACACUGAUGGUAAUGGCUACAUCGAGGGGAAGGAGCUGGAGAACUUCUUCAGGGAGCUGGAGAUUUCCCGGAGAGGAGCCGGGGUGGACCCAACAAACCCCACAUUCAGAGAAAACAUGAAGGAGUUCAUGCAGAAGUUCGACAAGAACAAAGAUGGACGGAUUGAGAUGUCAGAGCUGGCCCAGAUUCUCCCAACUGAAGAGAACUUCCUGCUCUGCUUCAGACAGUUUGUCAGCUCCAGCACUGAGUUCAUGGCGGCAUGGCGGCGAUACGAUACAGACCGCAGUGGCUACAUCGAAGCAAACGAGCUGAAGGGCUUUCUGUCAGACCUGCUGCAGAAGGCUAACAGAUGCUACGAUGAUCAGAAGCUGACGGAGUAUACGCAGACCAUACUCCGGAUGUUUGAUCUGAACGGGGACGGGAAGCUGGGCUUGUCGGAGAUGGCGAGGCUUCUGCCCGUUCAGGAGAAUUUCCUCCUCAAAUUCCAGGGCGUCAAGCUGACCUCCGAGCAGUUCAAUGAAAUCUUCACCUUCUACGAUAAGGACGGGAACGGCUACAUCGACGAGCAGGAGUUGGAAGCUCUGCUACGAGACCUCUACCAGAAACACAAGAAGGAGGUGGACCUGAAGAACCUGACGGGCUACAAGGAGAGCAUCAUGAGCCUCUCCGACGGAGGGAAGCUCUACCGCACCGAGCUGGAAAUCGUCCUGUGCAGGGAGCCCAUCCUGUGACUCCGCCUCCGCCUCCUCCUCCUCCUCCUCCUCCUCUCCUCUUGCAUAUCAUGGUUUUCUCUGCCUGCCCCGCCCUCUUCUCUCCUGAGACCACAUCCACUGAGUGGCAACGUAUAUCAGGUGCAUGUGCCGGACACCCACCCCUCCCUCAUCCUGCCAGCCAUUUCCUAAACUCCCCGUCCUCCUCCCCUUCCUCCAUCAAAGUGACAAAGAAUGACGAGUUCACCGUCAGCACGCAGCAGCUCCCCUCUUUUCUUCGAACCUGUGCUUUCCUCCUACUCCCAAUAUGAAAAAGCUCCAGCUCUCCCUCCUCAGACUCUCUCUUCCUCCUUCAAACCGUCUCUGACCUCCACAUCCAUACGGUGGCUGGCUUGCAACGCCCGAACCCCGUCUCCACAGAAAGUGAUUGAUUGAUUGAUUGAUUGAUGCCCCCUCAACCUUCACCCUGGCCUCAGUGCCUCCCCGUCCUCCAUGCUCCUUGCUUUUUCAACUUUGCAUUAAAUAUGAUAAAUAUAUAUAGCAAAAGAAAACUGCAGACAGGUGUAUUUGAAUUGAUUGCAUUUAUAAUCGAUGAUGGAACUGAUAAAUGGUUUUUCCACCUCCAUUCCUCCUGAAAUCAUCUCGUUCCAUUCAAUCUCUUGUGUACUGUUGCCCUGCCAUGGUUUUCAUUUACAUUGUUUGUUUUCGGCUGAUACCGUCGACUGAAAAUAUUAAUAAAAUAUCUUAAGAUAAAA